AUGCAGCCAUCGCUUCAAGACAAUCGGACCUCCAUCUCGAACGAUGCAAGCAAAGUAGAGGAUGAUGAUUUAUCGGCCCACGUCGAGCGAAGCGAGGAAAAAAAGAAAAAGAAGAAGUGGUCCAGUGCUGCUGUUGAGGGCGACAAGUACCCCAGCACUAAAGAGCCCUACGCCCACGUCACCCAUGCGUGUCCCGGCUACCGUAUCCAGCAAGGCCUGAACUUGUAA